UUGACAGUUGAGCACGCCUUCAACUUAAGGCUAGCGAGUUUAUUGGUUACUGUACCUGUCGCAAAGCUCUGAUUGGCUGGCCAGCCCAGCUGUUAGUGGUUCAUUCACCAUUUUGUGACUGUAGUGGAAAGGGACUCAAUAGUUUUUUGUAAUCCUUAUAUGAGUUACUGUGGUGGGAAAAGAGAUGUUCCCGGAGCAGCGUCAAAGUGAAAGGUCCGCUAGGCAGGAUGUAUGAAGCCCCGUGGGUUAUCGGUGCUAACCUCACAAUACUCCUGGACAGCAUUUCGCACCGUACACCUCUUCGCUGCAGAUUGAAUUGGUGCUGUGUGGAGGGCCUAGAUGAGGUGUUGUGAGUGAAACAGAGAGAGAGCAGGAAGACCGCGGAUGGAAAGUGGAAGGAGGGGAGAGAAACGAGACUGAGCACACACACACUAGGGACGAAGGAUCGAAGAGGAAGAGGAGCAGACGGGGGAUGAGGGCCCAGAGACGCUCGGGGGGGUCGGGGGGGCGCCCCCCCACAUCCACACGUGGCCGGGGGGGCAGGAGGCGUGGUCACACAGACCACACCCCUCAGCCCGAUAGCAAAGCCAAACUCAGGGAGAUGGACACGCCUCCACAGGCCAGGUCCCCUGUCCCCGCCCAUAGGAAGCAGGAAGCUCAGAUCAGGCUAGGAGGCGACCCAGCAGAGCCAAUCGGGAGCAGGGUGGUGGAGGCAAAUGGGGAGGGGCAUAAAAAGGUGAUUAAGAGAAAACGAGAAAAGAGAAAAAUCGCAGAGGAGAGAAGAACUCCGGCCGCCGCUGUGCAAUGCAGCAGCAACAAGAACAACAUCUCCAUCAUCACCACCAGCAGCAACAGCUCAGACUCCAAGAACAAUAUAAACAACAACAGCUCCAAAUGCAACUCUGGAACAAACAGCUCCAACUCCUCAGCAGCCAUCCACUCCAGCAUAUCAUCCAAUCACAGUGGAGCUAACAUCAUAUCAUCCAAUCACAGUGGAGCUAAUAGCUCCUCAGCCAGUCACAGUGGAGCUAACAUCAUAUCAUCCAAUCACAGUGGAUCUGUCACCACCUCAACUCAUCAUACUGUACCCAAAAGUACAUCCACUAAUAAUAUCAGCGCUAGUAUCACAUCAGCCAAUCACAGCUCUAGCAGCAGCCAUUCCAGUCGAAAGACGGCCACCUUCAAAGCCAGAGUGCCUAAGAAGAAGUCCAUGUACGAGCACUGUGCAGCUAGCGCUGUAGCUAGCGCUGUAGCUAGCGCUGUAGCUAGCGCUGUAGCUAGCGCCGCGGCUCAAGGCCAGCGCCCUACCUCUGCCCCAAACCCCAACCUUAACGCCAUCAUUAAACCUGUCGCUACCUGUAACGCCAAGGCUAUCCCCAACGCCAACCUUAACGCCAUCAUUAAACCUGUCGCUACCUCACUGGCCCCGGUGCUGGAGCUAACAGCAGCUAUAUAG